AUUUGUUUAUAUAUGUAUUAUGAUAAUAUACGAUGUAGUCGUUCUGCCGGACGAGCGUCUUCAGUCGACCGGUGAACGUUCGAAAGACACUAUCCUAGGUAGCUGUAUCGUCGUGCACCCACGCUUAAUAAUCACACACUCCGCUCGUGUAUACCUACCUGCGAUGCGUUUGGCGUCUGAACACAUCACACGGCACAAGUCUUAACGGAUUCCUUGGUUUUAUUAUCAGCGACGGUCGUAUAUCGUUCAGAUAAUUUUUUUUUUGUUUUUUGAGGGGGGUUUUUAUCUGCCGAGACAAAACGAACUUUUUUCGCGAAGAGAUUUUUCUGUAUCGUUUUUGGCAUUCAUGCGAUUGUGAACAAAAUGACACAACUGUGUAGAAAAACUGUUCGGACAGCAGUCUUAUACGUGUUCGCGGUCGUGCAGCUGUUACCGCUGCUUUCGACCGCGGUCGGUGUUGGUACCGGCCAGACCAUCGCACCGUCGGGAGCUGAAUUCCUCCACAGCGUCAUUGGCAACAUGCAACGACCGAAUCGCAAGGUGUUUAAUGACCGAAUCGACGUCGAAGAAUACAUACCCGACGAUAUCCCGUACAGCCCACCGGCCGACGAGAUAAAAAUGCUGUCGAAACAACCGUUCAAUUUCAACAAUCAGGCGAACCGCCCUGGCCAAACCGAUGUCACCAAAAGCCAAGUCGAGUUAUUACUUUCGCAAAUAGCGCCUCAAUUUUUGAAUAAGGAGUUUGCCGAAUCACAAACCCGGAUAGUUACCCAAGAAGCUCCUCAACAGUAUAACCCGGUACCCAACAGUCAACAAAAUAUAAUUAAUGCCAUUGCGAGCGACACGGCGCAGAGACCGCCGGAUGGCAUGAUUUCCGGAUAUAACUACUUCUUUUACCCGUUGGACAACAAGGUGCUGCAGCAGUUACCGCAGGUGCAGCAGACGACGGCGAUGUCGGAACCGGAACCGCCCAAGUCCGAAAACCAGGCGGCGGCCAAGCCCCGCGUGGAGCCUCUGUUCGUGGCCAUGGCCGGAUUCGUGGGCGUAGCGGUGGUGUUCCUCAGCGCCCUCAUGUUCAUACCGAUAUUGCCGAUACACGCUCUCACCUCCAAGGCGGUGCUGAAACGUGCCCCCGAGGAGCUCGCCUCCCUAACGAAGCUCGUCGCCGAGUCCAUCGACGGCAAAGACUGUAGCGAGAGGAUAGCGUGCGAGGUUGGCAGGGCGAUGCGGUCCAUGCGGGUGGGCAACAAACCCAUCAGAAUGAUGGAAAUAAUAUUACCCCCAGCGGUGGCAAAACAGCUAGCUCAGAUAAGAAGGUCUGCUUCAAAGAAAGAACAGUGUCAUUUCAUCAUGUGCAAAAAGACUGAGGGCACAUUGCAAUUGGUGGCGAAACUAAAGCAAACUCAUCACAAUAAAACUAUUCACGAUGUUAGAGAAAUUUUUAACAUUUAAAACACACUGUUUUUUGAGAUUAAUUUAUUCUAGCUGUUAAGUAAAUUAUUCUAUUUAUUUAAGAUUACUUAAAGAUUUGUAAGUACUUCAGUUAUGCCAGGGCUGGGCAGAUUUCUUUUUUUCCAUAAAAUUAUUUUGAAAAUGAAAAUUAGGUUUUCUAAAAAAAAAGUUCAAGUUAAAAAAAAAAUUCAAUUACUUAUCAGAUAUGAGUAAAGACUUUCUUAUUUUCUUUUUACCUGUAAUUUUAGCGUGGUUUAAGUAAAUUUAUUUCAUGAUAUUAAUCAGUAACCCUGACAAAAUUAUGCCUCAGUUGAAUGGUCUGAUUUCUAGUUUAUAAAAAGAUUUGAAUUUAUCCGCCUUUUUUUAGGUUAUUGUGAGAAUCAAUUUUUGGCAUUUUAAUUAAAAUUACGUAAAAUAAUAAAUAACCAUUUUUACUCCUCAAAUUUUGAGUGUCGACUUAAUUUUUUUAAGAAAAUAAAAUGGUUAUUUAAAAAUUAACUUUCACAAUAACCUGCACAAAAUUAUAAAAAAAGGUUUACUUUUAAAUUCUUUUUAAAAGUAUACGCAUUAUUAGUAGAUUCAAUGACAAAUUAUAUUCAUUCAAUGUACUUUAUAUUCUAAAUUCUACUCAAAAAAAUCUAAACAACAAACAGAUAAGUAAAAUAUUUUUUGCCACUUUAAUAUUAAUAAAGAAAUUAAUUAAAAAUCAAAAAUGUAAAUUAACUUUGAAUUUGUUAAUGCCCAGCCUUGAAUAAUGUCGUUGCUGGAAGUGAUCCCAAUCGGUCAUUUUCUAAGGAGUAUUGUAUAGGCAACUCAUUAUGUCAUGACAAUAUUAUACAAUAUUGUACUCUAUGCAUAGAAAAAAUGACAAUACAUGUUUUUGUAUUUGUAAGUGACUUAUAUA